GUUGCCCUCCAUUUUCGAAAUUACAAAAAGAUCCAUUUUUCUUGGCUUUGAGCGGAAGAGAGCAUCUUUCCAUCUAAUUGCAGUGAAGUGAAGACCUGCUGCUUUCUUUCAUCCAAUCUUUUUGGAAAAAAAUGUCAGCAGGCGCAGAAGUUUUGUUGAAGAAGAAAGUGUACUAUGGGAACUGCCCAGGAUGCAAGCAGGAUCUGAGGAACGAGGAACAUCCUGGAAUCCCCUACAGAGAAUUUGUUUAUAUAUGGAUCGUCACUAUAUGCUCAGCCUUGCCUCUAUGCUCUCUCUACCCAUUUCUGUACUUUAUGGUUAGAGACCUUCAUAUUGCAAAAAGGGCAGAAGAUAUUGGUUUUUAUGCAGGGUUUGUGGGCGCUGCAUUUAUGUUUGGAAGAACUCUAACUUCUGUCUUCUGGGGAGUUGUAGCUGAUCGGUAUGGGAGAAAACCAGUCAUCAUGAUUAGCAUUGUUUCCACGAUUAUAUUCAAUACCCUGUUUGGCCUCAGCACGACAUUUUGGAUGGCAGUUGCAACGAGAGGACUCCUUGGAUUUUUUUCCGGUUUGCUUGGUCCGAUAAAGGCCUAUGCUUCUGAAGUUUGCCGAAAAGAGCAUCAAGCCCUUGGAUUAUCUCUGGUCAGUACAUCACGAGGUAUAGGUUUAAUAGUUGGUCCAGCUAUUGGUGGUCUUCUUGCACAGCCAGCAGAGAAAUACCCAAAUAUAUUUUCAGAGAAAUCCCUCUUUGGGAGGUUCCCAUACUUCUUACCUUGUCUAUGCAUAUCAAUCAUUGCAGUUUUGGCAUUCAUUGCUUGUUUUUGGCUUCCAGAAACUUUGCAUUUUCAUGGUGAACACGAGCUAAAUGAUGGAGCAGCUGAUGAACUGGAAGCAAUCGAAAAAUGCCAUCUGAUUAACAAUGCUGAAGAAACUGAAAGGUCGCCAUCAGCUCCUAAGAAGAGCCUAUUGAAGAAUUGGCCCUUGAUGUCUGCAAUCACCAUAUAUUGCAUUUUUUCUUUUAAUGAUACGGCUUAUUCUGAGAUAUUCUCCCUAUGGGCUGAAAGCAAUGUACAGUACGGAGGUUUGAGCUUUUCAUCACAGGAUGUGGGUGAGGUCCUUGCACUUACAGGUCUCGGCCUAUUCCUGUUUCAAUUGUUCGGAUACCCAUAUUUGAAUAAAGCUCUUGGCCCUGUAACUUCUUCCCGUGUGGCAGCAAUUAUAAGCUUACCUGUACUUGCUUGCUAUCCGUUCAUGUCUAAUUUAUCAGGAUUUGUUCUCAAGUUACUUAUUACUUGUGCAUCCUUCGUGAAGAACGUUCUGUCAAUAACUAUCAUCACUGGCCUUAACAUUUUGCAAAAUAAUGCAGUGCCCCAGAAUCAAAGAGCUUUGGCAAAUGGCAUCUCAGUGACAGGGAUGUCCAUCUUCAAAGCAGUUGCUCCUGCAGUAGGAGGAACUCUAUUGUCAUGGGCACAGAAGCGUAAGGCUUCCUUUCUCCCAGGUACUCAAUUGGUUUUCCUUAUCUUGAAUGUAGGCUGUUUAUUGGGGCUUAUAUUGACCUUCAAACCAUUCUUAGCUCUGCCACGAAGGACCGCAUAAAAUAUUAGGUCAAACAUAUAAUUAUUAUCAUCAUUAUUUUUUUAUGAGCUUCGAGUAUGAAAUCUUUUGGUACAAAAGGAAAUAUCGAACCAUCAGAUCAUCAUCUCAUCCAUCGACUAUUAUUAUUAUCGUUGUAGUUGCAGUAAACAUAUUCCUAGAAUAUCAUGUUCGAACAUUAAUGUUUCUUCAUCAACAAUGUAUUAUUGUAGAUGUGAUCUUUA